AUGCUCCGCCGCCGCCUGCCCCUGCUCGGGCCCGGGCUGCUGCUGCUGCAGACGGUGUGCGCUGGCGGUCACAUCUCCAAGACCUUGGGCUACCUGGAGAUGGGCACCUCCGGCCUCCUCAAGGACGUCCCCUACGGCACCCUGAAGCCCCCGGUGCUCGACCCCGGGCGGCUGAUCCCGGCAGAGCCCCCCCGGGGCGCGGGGACACCGGCGGGCACCGGCCGCAGCCCCUGGGACUGGCAGAAGAACCAGACGGCCGGGGAGCUGCUGAGCCCCCGCUCCCACCGCAAGCCCACCCUCAAAUCCAGCCGCACCAAGAAGAUUUUCGGUUGGGGAGACUUCUACUUCAACAUCAAAACGCUCAAAUUCAGCCUCCUGGUGACGGGCAAGAUCGUCGACCACAUCAACGGCACCUUCAGCGUCUACUUCCGACACAACUCCUCCAGCCUGGGCAACGUCUCCGUCAGCAUCGUGCCUCCUUCCAAGGCGGUGGGCUUCGAGGUGCUGGUGCCCGGCCCCCCAGCACUGCCACGACCACCGCCCCCUCCCCAGCAGAGCACCCUGCCCGAGGGGCGCCCGGCCAAGGCGCUCAAUUGCCACGUGGAGUACGAGAAGACGAACCGGGCGCGGAAGAACAAACCGUGCCUCUACGACCCGUCCAAGGUGUGCUUCACGGAGCACACGCAGAGCCACGCGGCCUGGCUCUGCGCCAAGCCCUUCAAGGUCAUCUGCAUCUUCAUCUCCUUCCUCAGCAUCGACUACAAGCUGGUGCAGAAGGUCUGUCCCGACUACAACUUCCAGCACGACAAUCCCUACUUCGGCUGACGGCAGCGGGGAAGGGGGUGGGUGGGGGACGAGGGGGGGUUUUGGUGGCACUCGGGGUCCCCUGUCACCCCCACAGCAGUGUCCUCUUCAUCGCUCUCUGCUGGGUUGUGGGAUGGCCGGUGCUGGGGGUCCUGGAGCCCACCCAAUGCCAUCCCAUCACUGGGAUUGAGUUGGCUUGGGGAGUU